GGUCGUCACAGUGUCGCUAAGCAACUUUUAACAACAAAUGACCGAGUAUAUAAGUAGAGCGGCAUGAGUUUUUCUUAUUACACGCAGCGAAGCAUUGGCAAAAAUGGAAGGAGAGGAAAGACGACGAAAGAAGGAGAAAGGUGGAAAGGGAAAGCAGAUCGAUGAAGCCAAACAAAAGUUUGUCCUAAAGACAGCGAAGGGGACCAGGGAUAUCAAUUCCAAACAGAUGAUGAUAAGAGAGAAGGUGCUAAGUGUUAUUGUCAGCUGUUUUGAACGGCAUAAUGCUGUGACUAUCGACACCCCUGUUUUUGAGCUCAAGGAAACAUUGACAGGGAUCAAUGGUGAAGAAUUCAAACUAAUCUACAACCUGAAGGACGAGAAUGGAGAGCAGCUUUCUCUCAGAUACGACCUCACCGUUCCUUUUGCUCGCUACUUGGCCAUGAACAAUAUCACGAACAUCAAGCGCUACCACAUCGGCAAAGUGUACCGCAGAGACAACCCAGUCAUGACCCGGGGCCGCUACCGAGAGUUCUGCCAGUGUGAUUUUGACAUUGCAGGACAGUACGACCCGAUGAUCCCUGAUGCAGAGUGUUUGCGCAUUGUUUACGAGAUCCUGCGUGAGCUGGACCUGGGCGACUUCCGCAUUAAGGUGAAUGACCGGCGCAUUCUAGACGGUAUGUCUGCGGUGUGCGGCGUACCAGAUGAAAAAUUUUGCACCAUCUGCUCAACCGUGGACAAACUGGACAAGAUGCCAUGGGAAGAUGUAAAAAGUGAACUAAUCAACAAAAAAGGUCUUUCCGAGGAUGUGGCUGAUCAGAUUGGGGAGUAUGUCAGUAUGCAGGGUGGACUGGACCUGGCAGAGAAGCUGCUGCAGGACCCAAAGCUGUCUCAGAAUAAGCAGGCGUGUGCCGGCCUAAACGACAUGAAACUUCUGUUUGUUUACCUGCAGUGCUUCAAAAUCACAGAUAAGGUGGUGUUUGAUCUGAGUCUGGCACGUGGCUUGGAUUACUACACCGGUGUAAUCUAUGAGGCUGUGCUGUGCCAGACUCUGCAGCCAGAGGUGCCAGUUGCCGGGGACAGGGCAGGGGUGAAUGCGGGCAGUGUGGGCAGUGUGGCAGGCGGGGGCCGCUAUGAUGGAUUGGUAGGCCAGUGUGACUCCAAGGGGAGGACAGUCCCCUGUGUGGGUCUCAGCAUCGGCAUUGAAAGGAUCCUCUGCAUAUUGGAGCAGAAGGCGAAGACAUCUGCAGAGAAAAUCCGCACCACAAAAACACAAGUUCUGGUGGCUUCUGCACAGAAGAAUCUCCUGGAGCAGAGACUCAAACUUACAAAUGAAUUGUGGGAUGCAGGAAUUAAGGCUGAGGUGCUUUAUAAAAAAAACCCCAAGCUGCUGACUCAGCUUCAGCACUGUGAGGAGACAGGCAUCCCCUUGGUGGCCAUUUUGGGGGAACAGGAAAUACAAAAUGGAGUAGUCAAACUCCGCAAUGUGGCCACCCGAGAAGAGGUGGAUGUGUCCAGGGACCAAGUGGUUGAAGAAAUCAAGAGGCGGAUAAUAAAUCUUUAAAUAGUUAAAGUAAGUUGCAAUGUUAGUUUUAAUAGUUGUAAUGUUAGUUGUAAUGUUCAAUAAAAAUGUUCUUUUACAUUA